CUCGGGACCUCGGGGCAGGGGCAGGGGCAGGGGCAGGGCGGGGCCGGGCCGAGGCGGAAGCGCCCGCGGAGGGCACCGCUGAGCGCCGGACGCCGCGGGCCGCUGUCGUGUGACUUCUGCCCCGACCCUCCGGUCGCAGAGGGUCAGAUCGCGGUCGCAGAAUCGGAAAGUGUCCUGGCCCUGGGGGGGGUCUCCUGGAGCUGCAGUCCAGGCCCCGGGCUCCUGCGUCCUCCUGGGUCCGCUGGAGCUCCAGGAAGCGGGUCGUUGGAGUCGGGGGAUACUUGAGUCUGGGGUCUCACGGAAGAGCCUGUCGAGCCCGUUUGUCUCCCCUCCCAAGGGGCCCUCUGCAGCCAUGGGGGCCCUGCGGGCUCUGCUCCUGGCCCUCGCUGCUGGCGUGGCCACCGCCAAGCCACCCAACAUUGUGCUGAUCUUUGCUGACGACCUGGGUUAUGGGGACUUGGGCUCCUACGGGCACCCCAGCUCCACCACCCCCAACCUGGACCGCCUGGCUGCAGGGGGGCUGCGCUUCACUGACUUCUACGUGCCCGUGUCGCUGUGCACGCCCUCGCGGGCCGCCCUCCUGACCGGCCGACUCCCUGUUCGGAUGGGCAUGUACCCUGGAGUCCUGGAGCCCAGCUCCCGGGGGGGCCUGCCCCUGGACGAGGUGACCCUGGCUGAGCUCCUGGCUGCCCAAGGCUACCUCACAGGGAUGGCUGGCAAGUGGCACCUUGGAGUGGGGCCAGAGGGGGCCUUCCUGCCCCCGCACCACGGCUUCCAUCGGUUCCUAGGUAUCCCAUACUCCCAUGACCAGGGCCCCUGCCAGAACCUGACCUGCUUCCCACCAGCCACCCCCUGCAAAGGCAGCUGUGACCAGGGCCUGGUUCCCAUCCCACUGCUGGCCAACCUGUCUGUGGAGGUACAGCCCCCCUGGCUGCCUGGACUAGAGGCCCGCUAUGUGGCUUUUGCCUGCGACCUCAUGACCGACGCCCAGCGCCAGGGCCGCCCAUUCUUCCUGUACUACGCCUCCCACCACACCCACUACCCCCAGUUCAGUGGGCAGAGCUUCACAGGGCGCUCUAGCCGCGGGCCAUUUGGGGACUCCCUGAUGGAGCUGGAUGCAGCUGUAGGGGCCCUGAUGACAGCUGUGGGGAACCUGGGGCUGCUUGGAGAGACACUGGUCAUCUUCACUGCAGACAAUGGACCUGAGACGAUGCGCAUGUCCCUUGGCGGCUGCUCUGGUCUCCUGCGAUGCGGAAAGGGAACGACCUUCGAGGGGGGUGUCCGAGAGCCUGCCUUGGCCUUCUGGCCAGGCCACAUUGCUCCCGGCGUGACCCAUGAGCUGGCCAGCUCCCUGGACCUGCUGCCUACCCUGGCAGCCUUGACCGGGUCCCCGCUGCCCAACGUCACCUUGGAUGGCUUCGACAUCAGCCCCCUGCUCUUGGGCACAGGCAAGAGCCCUCGGCAGUCUGUCUUCUUCUACCCGGCUUUCCCGAACCAGAUCCAUGGGGUCUUUGCUGUGCGCAGCGGAAAGUACAAGGCCCAUUUCUUCACCCAGGGCUCUGCCCACAGCGAGACCACUGCAGACCCUGCCUGCCACGCCUCUAGCCUUCUGACCCCACAUGAGCCCCCCCUGCUGUAUGACCUGUCUGAGGACCCUGGUGAGAACUACAACCUUCUGGAGAAUGUGGCUGAGGUCACCCCUGAGGUGCUGCAGGCAAUGAAGCAUCUCCAGCUGCUCAAGGCCCAGUUUGAUGCGACUGUGACCUUCGGCCCCAGCCAGAUGGCGCGGGGUAAGGACCCCGCCCUGCAGAUCUGCUGCCAGCCAGGCUGCAGCCCCCACCCAGUGUGCUGCCACUGCCCAGACACCCAGUCCUAAGGGCACCAGCCCGGUCCACAUGGGGGACCCCUGCCCAUCCCAGGCAUGCAGUGGUUCAUUGCUGUGGUGGGGGUCAGGUGUGUGGAGGUGGUUGUAAGUGAUAACGUAAUAACACCAGCUGAGAUUUGCAGGUGUGAUAAUUCAUCUAAUCCUUGUGGUAACUCUCUGAGGUCAAUGCUGUUCCCCUGUGUUACAAAUGAGGAAACUGAGGCAUGGAGAGGUUCAGGGACUUGUCCAAGGUCACCCAGCAGGAAAGAGAUUGGGCUGAGAUUGCACCCCAGGUGUCCUGACUCCAGAGGCUUUCCCACCACCUUGGAGAUCUGUGUAUGUCGUGCACACGCACACACCAGCCACAAGAAUGUGGCACAUCACUCAGCAGAGCAGUCCUAAGUGCUUUUAGGUGCUGGGAGCUGGUUGGGAGCGUGGGAGAGCUUGGGGACAGAAAACUCCAGAGGAUGCAGAGCGCCUGGGAGAGACAGAUUUUUCCCAGGAAAAAGCAUUCUUAGAGGCACAAGAACUAGACCACCUUGGUUCUUAUCAGAAACCUGUGUGAAGGCAGGUGAUGAGGUGUCCAUUCCCGGUGCAGAUAAGGGGCCCUGGGGCCCUGCCAGCUCUCAGGAUGGCAUAUCGGCAGCUCCUGACACAGCCCCACUGGACCCUGGUCCACCCGCCCAAGGCUCUGCAUUUCACCUGCACACACACUUCCUGUCUCCCAGUUUUACCUUUGACCUGGACAAAGUGAUCUCCUAAAAAGUCCAUCGAGUUAGGUUCCAUCCUGCUCAAAACUCCACAGGCUUCCUGUCAUUCUCAGAAUGAGAUGCAGACUCCUUAUGGUGGCCCACUUUGCCCUUGAGGCCUGCCCCACUCGCACCUCGUCGGCCCGCAGCCAUGGCCUGACUGUCCUUCCACCUGCAACGUUCCACCUGCAUUGCUGGCCGCCUCUGCACAGGGAUGUCCUGACCACCUGCCUGUGUCUGCAUCCAUGGCAACUGGCGUCAGACCCCCUGCCCACCCAGAUGGCUGUCCCACAGCAGGCACUGCCUCGGUGUUGGCUGAAGGAAAAGAACGCCAUCUGGGUGUGCAGACUCCUAUGCACAGCAGACGCUGUUCGUUGCCUGCCAAACAGCCACCCACUUCCUCACUAAUGGACCCCCUCUUUCCUCAGUGGUGGGCAAAGCCCUUUGACGUCAGGAGGGUAGUGACCAGUCUGAGUCAGUCACAAUCCAAAGAUUGGUCCAGGAGGGGCCUGUGACCAAGAAGAGUCCUUGUGGUGAAAGGUUGGGGCAGUCCCCUGGGAGGUGAGGACCACCUAGUGGCAGAGUCACUGGCCCUGCCUAGACAUCAUGCUGCUGCCAAACCAGUGUCUCCAACUGCCCACCUGCAGAGCUCCAGUGUGAGAAAAUAUACCUGCCUGUUUAAGCCGCUGCCAGGGUCCUGUCUGUUACUUGCAGCCGGAAGCAGCCUUGCUGGACUGUGUGGACAAAGCAUGUGGUGAGCACGUGUGUGUGUGUGUGUGUGAGUGUGUGUGCGCGCGCGCGUGCGCACGUGCGCGUCUGUGGUGUCAGGCACCACGUGCAGAGGCCCCUUCUUAUGCAACUCUCCCAUCACUUCUAAUCAUAUGCCAAAUCCUGCUGUGUCUCGGCGCCACCCCCAAAGGACAGUGGUUUCCUCGGGGUCCCCAGCAGCUGCUUACUCUGGCACAGUGGGGGCUGCAGGCUGCGUUUGUGGUGUGAGUGAGCUGCUGGCCCCAUAUGGUGUCUUGGUUCAGGGAGAGGACAGAGGAACUGAGGCAGAGGCACAAUCAACGUGUCACACCCAAAGACCAAACCCUCCGGCAAGAGCUAAGUCCACACUGAGGCCAGCACCACACACAGGCCCCUUCCUCUGCCCCGUCGCCCUGCUCCUCACUUGGGUGCUGUGCAUCGCAGUAUCGACUGCCCGUGUCCACCCACCAGCACCACACAGUGCUGGGCAUGGAGUUGUCAGAGCCAAGCACAGAGAUAAGCUCACACCAGGGUGUCAGACGUGUGGAUGUCAGUGUGAUAGAAGUCACCACCUCUCGUGCGGAGGGGGGUGGACGUUGCCUGGAAGGGACACUGGGAACCUGGGGCUAUUGUAGACGUUCUCGCCUUGACUGGGGGCGUGGCAAUGUGGUGUGUACACAGGUAUGAAGCAAUCGAGCUACAUGGUUAAGACCUGUGUACUUUAUGAUGUCAUUGUGUACUUUAUAGUUCAAUAAAAUAAAAAUCUAACCUUGAUAAA